UCCAAUCAUGAGGCUAGAUGGCUUCACAAGAUGGCGGCGCGCUGGGAGCGUAUCCUCUGCGUUUCUAGGAGUUUCGCUCUGCGGCUUCUUUAAGAUUCUAGGGUUGUACAGGCCCACGCCAGACACGACGUCUGGCAGGAACCUCGGUCUCAGAGAUGGCUCUGAGUAAAUCAAUGCAUGCAAGAAAUAGAUACAAGGACAAACCUCCUGACUUUGCAUAUCUGGCAUCCAAAUAUCCAGAUUUUAAGCAGCAUGUUCAGAUAAAUCUGAAUGGAAGAGUGAGCCUUAAUUUUAAAGACCCCGAAGCAGUCAGAGCUCUGACUUGUACUCUCCUAAGGGAAGAUUUUGGACUUUCUAUUGAUAUUCCAUUGGAGAGACUAAUUCCCACAGUUCCCUUGAGACUCAACUAUAUUCACUGGGUAGAAGAUCUGAUCGGUCACCAGGAUUCUGACAAAAGUACUCUCCGAAGAGGAAUUGACAUAGGUACGGGGGCGUCCUGCAUCUACCCCUUACUCGGAGCAACCUUGAAUGGCUGGUAUUUCCUUGCAACAGAAGUGGAUGAUAUGUGUUUCAACUAUGCAAAGAAAAAUGUGGAACAGAAUAACUUAUCUGAUCUCAUAAAAGUGGUGAAAGUGCCACAGAAGACACUGCUGAUGGAUGCUCUUAAAGAAGAAUCUGAGAUAAUCUAUGACUUUUGCAUGUGCAACCCUCCCUUUUUUGCCAAUCAAUUGGAAGCCAAGGGAGUAAACUCACGAAAUCCUCGAAGACCUCCACCUAGUUCUGUUAAUACAGGAGGCAUCACAGAGAUCAUGGCAGAAGGAGGUGAAUUAGAGUUCGUUAAAAGGAUCAUCCAUGACAGUCUACAACUUAAAAAAAGAUUAAGAUGGUAUAGCUGUAUGCUGGGAAAGAAAUGCAGCCUGGCGCCUCUGAAGGAAGAGCUUCGCAUACAAGGGGUUCCUAAAGUCACCUACACUGAAUUCUGUCAAGGUCGGACGAUGAGAUGGGCCUUAGCUUGGAGUUUUUAUGAUGAUGUAACAGUACCAUCACCACCAAGUAAGCGGAGAAAAUUAGAGAAACCAAGGAAGCCCAUUACAUUUGUGGUGCUGGCAUCCGUGAUGAAAGAGUUGUCCCUCAGAGCAUCGUCCCUGGGCUCUGAGACGGCGGAAGGCAUCGUGGCUGUCACAGCAUGGAUUGAACAAAUUCUCACGGAUUUGAAGGUCCAGCAUAAACGGGUUCCCUGUGGAAAAGAGGAAGUUAGCCUUUUCCUAACGGCCAUAGAGAACUCCUGGAUUCAUUUAAGGAGGAAGAAAAGAGAGCGAGUGAGACAGCUGAGAGAAGUUCCUCGCGCGCCCGAGGACGUCAUUCAGGCCUUGGAAGAGAAAAAGUCCACCCCCAAAGAGUCUGGCAAUAGCCAAGAAUUGGCCAGGGGCCCCCGGGAGAGGGCCCCCUGUGGGCCUGAUCUGCGGGAAGGCGAGCCUGCCGCCGUGGAGGGCCCGUGCCCGAGCCAGGAGUCCCUGUCCCAGGAGGAAAACCCGGAGCCCACGGAGGAUGAAAGGAGUGAGGAAAAGGGAGCGGGGGAGGUUCUGGAAAGGUGUAAAGGCUCUAGCAAUGGAGCCCAGGACCAAGAGGCUUCUGAGCAGUUGAGCAGCCCAGUGGCUGAAAGGGGGAAACGGCUCCCAGGAGUGGCUGGACAGUACCUGUUUAAGUGUCUGAUAAACGUUAAGAAGGAGGUGGACGAUGCCUUAGUUGAAAUGCAUUGGGUUGAGGGCCAGAACAGGGAUUUGAUGAACCAGCUUUGUACCUACACGGAACCAAAUUUUCAGGCUUGUUGCCAGUUAACUAGAAACUUCUUGCACAGUUGGAAAAGUGUUUAUAGUAACUUGCUUUGCAGUGGCCUGUGGGGUGGCAAGAGGAAUCCUACCAGUGGCCCAUGAGUAGCAUUAUGUGGAAUUAUCUUCAAACACAAAAACCAAUGAGUCUGUCCCCCACUUCCCCCCACCGCCUUCCCGCAUUUUGAGUUACAGGGAGUUGUAGCGUGGUCGUUUACAAGGAGGCAUUGCCGUCAUCAGUAACAACAAAAAGCCCUCAGUAAACUCCGAGGGCUUGCAAGCUGGCUCAGGCUGCCCCUCAGCUUUGGACUGCUUCUGCGCGGCCAGAAGGGUCGUUUGUGGAGGCUGGGCUGGGCAGCACUGCCUAGAGUGUCAUGCUCUCUCUGUCACCCAGGGGUGUUUCUUGAGGACGGGUGGCUCGCUCUGCCUCCAGUUGGAGGCCCUGGUACCCGCUUCUAGGUCACUCUUCGAGAUGGGACCUACCUUGCGUCACUCCCACGAAGGGAGCUAGCCGUGGGUGGGUGGUGGGGAAUCGGGGAGAGAAACCCUAGUAACGCUAGAAGGAGGAGCAGAGUCUGCGGAGUACCCAGUAAAUGGCACAUUCCUGACAUGCGGCUGUUUUGAUGUUUCUUAUUUCAGAAACAGAAUUAGGUAAGCAAAACCCCCGGGCGUGACUGAGGCACACAGAAGGCACCCGUACCCCCGCCUCCAGCCUGUUGAAAGUACCAUUUUGUAG